UGUUUCGUGUUGAGUGUGCUGGAGACCCGUUGACAUGAAGUGGACUCAGUUUUGCAUCGCUGUGGAGCUGUUUUCAUUUCUGUACGAUUUCUUCGCACUUUUCUUUUUCUCCACGCGCGCACUUAGAGACCUUCGCCCACUCGGUGUCUAACACGAAGGUGCACUGUAGUAAUUCCACAAUCAGCACAGAAUACUUGACAGGAAGAGAAUCUACAAGUCAAGAAAAACCUACAGACUGAUGGUUCUAUAUCUUAUGUGGAUUCUAAUUCAGUGCUGAUUCAUGCUUGGUUAUAGGAAAACUUCAGUGCACAUGCAAGGAGCACACUGUGUGACAUAGCAGAGUUUUAUUAUGAGUGAUGCUAACUUAAAAAUCCCUGUCAGCAAUGAUCUUAAAAAAGGGGUCAGAUGUGUGGGUGAUGAUGACAAGAAAAAGCAUUCCCCCAGGUUGAACAGUAGGGGCGUGGUCAGUCAAAGUGCUCAGUUGCACUCUGACGACACGGACGGUCAGUCCAGCGGGAACGAUUCAGCUGAGCGAGAGUGCGACGGCCACACGGGACAGGAAGCUUCCACGUGCAGCUCUAACAAUGGAAAAGACUCUGCGAUGGAGACUACAGAGAGCAAGAGUUCCAACUCCCACAGCCCAUCUCCUCCGAGCAGUUCGGCCGCAUAUAGUCUGCUGAGCGGCAGCUCCGAGCAGGACCAGCCAUCUACCAGCGGCUGCAGUAGUGACCAGCCGGCUCGCCGGCAGACUCAGAAGGAGCUGCUGAAGGCGCUUCAUGAGCUGAAGAUCCGGGUUCCUGCAGAGCAGCGAGGGAAAGGGCGGUCCAGCACACUGGCCUCACUGCAGUACGCCCUUAACUGUGUUAAACAAGUUAGAGCUAACCAGGAAUAUUACCACCAGUGGAGUGUGGAGGAAAGCCAUGGCUGCUGUUUGGAUCUGUCUGCGUUCACCAUCGAAGAACUGGACAAUAUCACUUCAGAAUACCAACUUCAAAACACGGAUACGUUCUCGGUGGCAGUUUCCUUUCUCUCAGGGAAAGUGGUGUAUAUCUCUCCUCAGGCGUCGUCCCUGCUGCGCUGUAAGCCGGAGAGACUACAGGGGGCAGUGUUUUCAGAGUUUUUGGCCCCGCAGGACGUCAGCACCUUCUACAGCAGCACGGCCCCCUGCCGCCUGCCUCCGUGGGCCUCCUGCACCCGCGCUGCUUCCUCAGUGGACUGCGCUCAGGAGAAGUCCAUGUUCUGCCGUAUCAGUGGAGAAAGAGAAAGCGGAGGAGAGAUGAAAUAUUACCCAUUUCGGCUGACCCCUUAUCAGCUGACCCUGCGAGACUCGGACACAUCUCAGCCCGAGCCGUGCUGUCUGCUCAUCGCUGAGAGAGUACACUCCGGAUAUGAGGCACCCCGUAUUCCAGCAGAUAAAAGGAUCUUCACCACCAGCCACACACCAAGCUGUCUGUUCCAGGAGGUAGAUGAGAGAGCGGUGCCAUUGCUAGGGUAUCUACCUCAGGACUUGGUUGGAACCCCGCUGCUUUUGUACCUCCAUCCUGAGGACAGGCCGCUCAUGGUCGAGAUCCACAAAAAGAUUGUCCAGUACGCGGGUCAGCCUUUUGACCACUCACCGCUGCGCAUGUGUGCACGGAGUGGAGAGUAUCUGACCAUCGACACCAGCUGGUCUUCCUUCAUCAAUCCCUGGAGCAGAAAGGUGGCCUUCAUUGUGGGUCGCCACAAAGUCCGAACGAGUCCCCUUAAUGAGGAUGUGUUCACGGCCCCUGAAGAAGGUGAGGUCAGGGCGAUGUCUCCCGAGGUUCCUCAGUUCAGCGAGCAGAUCCACAGGCUGUUGGUGCAGCCGGUCCACAGUGGUGGAGGUGGCGGUGGAUCUCAGGGCUACAGCAGCCUUGGCAGCAGCGGCUCCCGGGAGCUCCAGCCCAGUGCAGCAUCUUCCAGUGAAAGCACAGGAGCUGCUGCAGAAGAACCUCCACACGUCCGCAAACUGACCUUCCAGCAGAUGUGUAAGGAUGUACACAUGGUGAAGACCAGUGGACAGCAGCUUUAUGCAGAAUCCCGGAACAGACCCCCACCUCGGAAACAGGCCAGCUCAGGAGAUGCAGUGAAGGCUGCUGAAGCAGAAAGCACAUCCAAAGAGGUCCAGCAGAUGGCGACUAUAACCCUCAAAAUCCAGGCUUCCACUCAGCUACCAAGAAAGGAGAUCCCGGCCACCUUUUCAUACCAGCAGAUUAACUGUUUGGACAGCAUCAUUCGUUAUUUGGAAAGCUGUAAUGUUCCCAACACAGUGAAGAGGAAAUGUGGGUCCUCCUCCGGUACCACCUCCUCCACCUCUGAUGAUGACAAAUGGAGAGAAGCAGCAGGUCCAGCUAAGGACAUAGUGGAGACACUGGAGGUGGCCGAAGUUUCUAAGGUUGUCCCUGCAGAGCCCACUCACCCUCUGACCCCUCUGGCUCUGCACUACAAGGCUGAGAGUGUGGUGUCUGUCACCUCUCAGUGCAGUUUUAGCAGCACCAUUGUCCAUGUCGGAGACAAGAAGCCGCCAGAGUCAGACAUUGUGAUGAUGGAGGAAGCUCCAACAACACCUACACCAGCACCAUCAACUCCUGUCCCCCAAAACCCCACCACAUCCCCUACAGGGGCAAUAGCACAGCCUGCCGCUUCCCCCAGCCUUGCGGAGAAGAAGGAAAAGGAGCAAGAAGGGAGAAGAGGUGGUACUGGAGUGAACAGAUGGGGGCUUACUAAAGAAGUUCUGUCCACUCACACUCAGCAGGAGGAGCAGGCCUUCCUCAACCGCUUUAGAGACCUGAGCCAGCUGCUGCUCAUCGAGUCCAGCCCGCCCCCUCGCAGACAAACAGCAACACCUGCAACUAAAGGUGUCCGCAGCUCCCAGAACUACCCAUCUGGGGGUGGUAGUGGGCGUCAGCGUGGUAGAGGAGGCAAAAGACUGAAACACCAAGCUGAGGUCCCCUUCUUUGACACCCCAUCCCUGUCAACCUCGGGGCCUAGUACUCCUCCUAGAUCUACAGCAGAAGGUCCCAGUGUUCCAGCCUUCUCCAGCAGUCAGCAUUUGUCUGGAGGGGCCCACUCAUCAUCUUCUCCAUGGCCUACUUCAGUGGACUCUCAGGCUAGUGGACCACCCAUUAUGACAUCAUAUCCUCCUGGCUGCAUGCCUUUUUAUUCCAUGUACCCACCUUUUCCUUUCCCACAAAUGGAGACGGACCCAAGGAUGCAGGCAGCGUUUUCCUGCCCACAGCAAGGCCCCAGGUUUCCGAUGCAAGCCACGCAAAUGUUCCCAUCAAUGGCACCUCCUGUGAUGGCCUUCAUUUUGCCUAACUGUAUGUUCCCUCAACUAAACGGUGCCAAUGUUCCAGUUCAACAACUCGCACAGGCUAUGCCCAUGCCCACCCAGCUGAACCCACAAUUCAAUCCUGCAGUGGCUCAGAUAAGCCCUGCUGUGGCUAACUUUAAUCCCACUGUGGGGCAGUUUAACCCACUAGCUCCCCAGAUGAAUCCCACUCAGCCUCUAACUGUACCUCAGCAGUUUUAUAACCCAAAUCUGAUGUUUGGGUUCCAAAAUGGAGCUGCUGCUUUUGCCUCGCCCACUUCCGCUGCCCCGCCCCCUCGUGUCCCCUCCCGUUCCAGUACCCCUCAGUCCACUGGCCAGCCAGUGGGAGACAAUGAACGGGCGGGAUCUCCUCUUUUCCACUCGAGAUGCUCCUCGCCGCUCAAUCUGCUGCAACUGGAGGAGUUGCCAAGCAACCGUACUGAUGUCACACAGCAGACACCACCCCCAGUGGGAGGGGCCAGCCAAGGACCACAGACUUCUGGCACUCGUAGCAGUAAUAAAGAUAAUGCUGAUGUCAGUGAGUCCAACCAGGAUGCCAUGUCCACCUCGAGUGACCUGCUGGACCUCCUGCUGCAGGAGGACUCUCGCUCAGGCACGGGUUCUGCGGCCUCAGGGUCAGGGUCCUCAGGAUCUGGCUCUGGAUCCUCUGGUUCUGGAUCUAAUGGCUGUAGCACAUCAGGAAGCGGAACCAGAAGCAGUAAUACCAGCAAGUAUUUUGGAAGCAUAGACUCGUCAGAGAACGACCACGGACACAAACAGGCAUCUGGGGAUUCUGGGGAGGAACAGUUUAUUAAGUAUGUUCUCCAGGACCCGAUCUGGCUUGUCAUGGCCAACACAGAUGAGAAAGUAAUGAUGACAUACCAAAUGCCCAAGAGGGACAGAGACACAGUGCUGCGUGAGGACCGAGAACUUAUGAAGACCGCAAAGAUGCAGCAGCCACACUUUACUGAGAAGCAGAAGAAAGAGCUCAGUCAGGUGCACCCGUGGAUCCAAACCGGCUGCCUCCCUAAAGCCAUAAAUAUUACUUCCUGCAUUGGGUGCGGUUCCCCUACAGAAGCUUCUUCAGCACCACCAUUUGAUGUGGAGCUCCAUGUCAUGGACCUCACCAGGAUCCUGCGGGAAGAGAACGAGCACAUGACUGCAGUCAUAGCUGAGUUACUUCCAGAUAGCCCACAGUCAUCAGAAACACUGCAGAAGGAAGCUCAGACUAAUGCUGCCACUGACACAGGAGCUUUGAACAAGGUGGUUGAGGAGGCAGAAGUGACGUCAUCAUCGGUGGAAGUAAAACAAGACUGAGACAAUCUCAGCUGUGAUCAGAAUGCCUUUAUAUGGGAAUGAGCUCUGUAAUCACACAGUUUAAACUUUUUCAAGAUGUCUGUGUUCAGAGUUUGUUUGUGUGUGUGUGGUGUUGGAACUGUCAGAAAUGUAUCAUAGUCACAGUAAUUAAAGCAAAAAAAAAAAAAACGAAAAAAAAAAA